AUGCGACGCAGUGUUGUGACAUCUCUUCACACAGCUUCGUUUGCUUCACUCACCAGAGUUGGAGUUUUCAAUGUCGCUGCUGUUGCGCAUUUAGCGAUCCGUUCACAAACAACAAUGCACGGGGCACCGGGUAAUACUUCCCCAGGGCCCCGACCUCCGGUACAGCAAGGAACAGUUCCAAUGCAACAUCACCAGCAGAUGCAUCCAUCGGCAGUGGGUGCGGAGGCAGAAGAUGACUUUGAGCCUCCAUGCAAGCCGUCGGAGCCUCCAAAAAUGCUGAAGGUAGACACAAGUGACCGGGGCAUCACGACAGUAGCACUUAAUCGCGCACCCGUGAACUCACUCAGUCUAGAGCUCUUUGAAGAACUCAACAGUUGGAUGUUGUGGCUUGGCAGCGACGAAAGUUGCAGGGCGGUCAUCCUAACAUCCUCCAUACCCACAGUCUUCUCAGCGGGUCUGGACAUAAACGAGUUACACAAUCCAGAGCCCGAGCGCCUCCGGCGCUUUUGGAAGAGCUUUCAGGAGGCGUGGCUCAUUCUCAACAGCUUCCCGAAACCAAUCAUCGGAGCGGUUAGCGGCAAUUCUCCAGCUGGUGGAUGCGUUCUCGCUCUUGGUUGUGAUUUUCGUGUGAUGCUCCGGCACCCGACCGAUAAACCCGAUCGGCCAUUCCGUAUUGGGCUCAACGAGACGAAACUUGGUAUAACCACACCACCCUGGGUUGUGCCCGCCUAUGCGUACGUUCUCGGUUCGCGACGUGCUGAGAGGAUGCUUCAACUUGGUGAUACGCCCACCGCUGACGAAGCACUGCGAGUGGGCUUGGUUGAUUUGGUUGUGGAUGGGGAACAGCAGCUCCGUGAAGCAGUCUUGAAGGAGGCUGAGCGCUUCCUGUCAGUUCCACAACAAUCCCGCUGGAUGCUACGUGACAUGCUCCGCCGCGAGUAUUUGCAGGUCAUUGGCUCCGAGGAAGACAGAGAAUAUGACACGCAGUUCUUCGUGGAGCUCAUGAUGAACCCGGACGUGCAGAAGAGUCUCGAAGCCUUCACAGCGCGUCUGAAGGGAGUGGCAGCGAAAAAGUAA